UCUUCCCAUUCCCAGGCAACCAAGCCCAGCUCUCCAAACACAUAUAAGGAGAAAUAUCCCACUCCCACAUCACAGGGGGCUCUUGAUCUCCUUCCAUCUCUGCUCGUCUCUCCCUGCUUCGUAACUUUUGCCAUCCUACCUUUUGCCAUCCUCCCAAAGGAGCCACAAUGAACCGGCAAUUCAGUUCCAGAUCAUUUUCAACAGGUGGAAGAAGGGGCUAUUCUGUUUCUGGCAGUGGCUUCCGAAUGGGCAGCUCCUCAGCUUCCGUGGUUCCUGUUGGAGGAGUGGGAGCCUUCAGCGGUGGCUUUGGCAGCAGAAGUCUCUACAACCUUAAUGGAAGCAGGCGGAUAUCCACGGGCCUAGUUUCUGGUGGAGGUGGUGGUGGUCACUUUGGAGGAGGCUUUGGCGCACGAAGUGUUGGGGGCGGUCUAGGAUUCAGCAGUUUUAGCAGCGGUUAUGGAGGUUAUGGUGGUGGGGUAGGCUUUGGUGGCGGCGUUGGCCUGGGCAGUCAUGUUGGAGGCUUUGGUGGUGGUGGUGGAGGAUAUGCGCUUGCAGGCCCUGCUCCCUGUCCAGCACCGGGACGAAUCCACAAUGUCAUUGUAAACAAGAGCCUAUUGGCUCCUCUGCACAUGGAGGUUGAUCCUGACAUCCAGAGGGUCCGAGUGCAAGAGAGGGAACAGAUCAAGACCCUCAACAACAAAUUUGCCUCUUUCAUUGAUAAGGUGCGAUUCCUUGAGCAACAGAACAAAGUGCUGGAGACCAAAUGGGACUUGCUCUACCAGCAGGGCAGCCCAGCUCUGAGGGACAACCUUGAGCCGCUUUAUGAGGCUUACAUUGACACUCUCCGAAGGCAGCUUGACCACCUAGUCAAUGAUAAAAACCACCUGGACAUUGAGCUGAAGAACACACAGGAGCUUGUAGAGGAUUUCAAGAACAAAUAUGAAGAUGAAAUUAAUAAACGUACAGCUUGUGAAAAUGACUUUGUGGUGCUCAAAAAGGAUGUGGAUGGCUCCUACAUGCACAAGAUAGAUCUGGGAUCCAAGGCCGACUCCUUGACUCAGCACAUCCAGUUCUUAAGAGCACUCUUCGAUGUGGAACUGACUCAGGUACAGGCACAGGUUAAAGACACCAAUGUCGUCCUACAAAUGGACAACAACAGAGAUCUGGACCUGAACAGCAUCAUUGCUGAAGUGAGAGCUCAGUAUGAAGAUAUUGCCACCAGGAGCAGAGCUGAGGCAGAGGCUUGGUACCAAAAUAAGUUCCAGGAACUCCAAACUACAGCUUUCAAACACGGCGAUGACUUGAAAUCCACGAAAGAUGAGAUCGCAGAGAUGAGCCGGCUUGUCCAAAGACUUCGCUCUGAAGUUGAAAUUGUGCAGAAAGCUAUUAAUGGCCUGCAAUCUUCCAUAGCAGAAUGUGAACAGCGCGGGGAAAUGGCCCUCAAAGAUGCCAGGACAAAACUGCUCGACCUGCAGACUGCCCUGCACACGGCAAAGGAUGAGCUGGCUCGUCUGCUGCGUGACUACCAGGAACUGAUGAAUGUGAAGCUGUCCCUGGAUGUUGAAAUUGCUACAUACAAGACACUGCUAGAGGGAGAGGAGAUCAGGAUGUCUGGAGAAUUCACAACCCCUGUUAACGUAUCUGUGGUCAGCAGUUCUAGCACCAUCAGCGGUGGCGGUGGAGGAGGAGGAUAUGGCCUUGGAGGCGGAAGCGGAUACAGCAUUGGAGGAGGAAGUGGAUAUGGUGUCGGAGGUGCAGCAGGAAGCGGAUAUGGCACCGGAGGCGGAAGUGGGUUGAGCCUUGGCGGUGGAGGUGGCGGGAGCUAUGGACAUGGCCAUGUCAGUGCUGGAGGAGGAAGAGUCAGCAGAAUUAGUACCGGAGGCAGUUUAAGCGGUUCCGGAAGCCUCACCGGUGGAGGAUAUGGCUAUGGAGGAGGCAGUUCAAGUGUGAAGAUCGUACAUUCCUCUUCAAGCAAGAGAAUGAGCAGCUAAGGUUUCCUUGCUCACACCCUCCAAAAGUACGCACCAUUCCUUGCUUCAAGAAAACAAAGAUUCUCCCCCAAUUAUGUAUAUCCCCCUCAAAGCCCAUAACGCACACUUACCAGUGAUUUUCACCUGUAUAACUUUCCCCUCAACAAUGCAACAAGGAAAGUGCCAAAUAUUCAAUUAUUUGGUUUAUGCCACUCUUUGUAGUUACAGAACAGUACAGCUAUCUCCGAGAUCAUUGCCUCCUUAAUGCUCAAACUAAUGAUAAAAAUUUUCAGAGCUUGGACUGCCUAAGAAAGGAAUUAUCAGGCAUCAAAGCUAAUAAUCUUGUCCUGUUAGGACUAAUUGAGUUGGGGAUCUUAACAUCAGCUCCAGCACCCUUCCUGACCCAACCGAACAAAUCUAAUCAAGACUGCACCAUUAAUUUAAGCAAUAAUUCAAACAACUCGGAGAUAUUAAGUAAAGAAUGGGAUUCGGAGAGACAGGCAGGUGCCCUUCUACAAGUCUGGGCAAGAAAGGAUUUGCCCCUUCCAAACCAAAUAGCUAUAGAAGACUAUAGCUCUUUGAGUCAUGAUGAGAAAAGUUAGCUGGUGCAACUUUGUACCAGGCUGUAGACUGGAGAAGCUCAGGCUUGAAUAUGUAGGCAUAUUUAAAAGAAGAAAAUGAAUUCCUAAAUUAAUGUUAAGGAGGAGGGUUUCUUGUUCAGUUUUCUCAUUGGCAUGCUAGUUUUGUGUGGACAGGGAGGCUUUGUAAUAAAUGGGAAGCAGUUAAAUAUGUGCUUGCUCUCCUCACCCAAGCAAAGGGCUGAAGUGGUACAGUACAGGAGAAAUUGUAUCACGCGACAUGACUGUUCCAAUAGUGUGGGGUCUUCAGCCCAAUGCUCAGUCACAAUAAGGCUGUAGACAGUUGCUUUUUCCUUGCACUCUAGUUUUCUCUGUUGAUACUUGAUCUUCUCAACCCAUGGGGUGCUUCUUCCAGAGCACUCUCCUUUUCGUUACUUGUACAGUUGCAUAACUCUCAAGCAAACUGGUGCAUAGCCUUGUUCCAGAAUUUCUCUUUUCUCACCUAAGUGGCUCCUCCCCAGGCCCAUUUCGUAGCAAAGAAAAGGAAUGCCCGGAAGCGAAAUGAGAAAUAAAUAAAUGUGGUGGUGCAAAACAACAGAAGUGCUUUAAAAAUAAUAAUUGUGUUGUAUAUUCCAUUUUGAAACACACAGUCUGUUAAACAUUGCUAACAAUAAGCUACAAUUCAAGUAUUCAACAAUUUCAUUGGCCGUUCCGUGAGACUGAUGAAGUAUGCUCUUGUCUAUGGAAGCUUAUACUGCAAUAAAUCUGUUAGCUUUUAUGGUA